CCGCCGCAAGCGGCAAUGAGUGGCGCUCGUUUAUCAUUGAACGUUACGAGAUGCAGUUACCAAUGCAGUUUCACUGUAUGCAAAAUUACGGCGACCAAUCCACUAGCGAACCGCAGCUACUUCGAUGCGUAUCCCACGAAAAUUGCAUUCAGAACAAUGAAAAGUUUGGUGAACGAUGUUAAAAAUGCCGUUACGGAGUCUCUCUUCGGUAUGUCGUUCGCAUUCCCUCAGUUGGAGUAUCAGGUCUCGCACAAAGUCGUUCUUAUGCCGAACCUUGAGGACAGGAAGCAUAAGGUAUCUUUGAUAUGCGGCGGCGGAAGUGGGCAUGAACCUUUUUCGGCGGGUUACGUUGGAAAUGGUAUGCUAGCUGCAGCUGUAGUAGGUUCAAUAUACGCAGCACCACCGUCAGUACACAUUUCUUAUGCCAUUGAACGUGUUUCCCGAUAUAAUAAUACUGACGGCGUUUUGAUGAUCGUCCCGAAUUACACUGGAGAUUGCCUCAAUUUUGGAAUAGCAAUUCAGAAAGCUAGUCAAAACGGUAUAAAGAUUGCUGAGGUGAUUGUAAAUGACGACUGUAGUAUACCAAAUGAAGAACAAGGUGCUGCUGGCAAACGUGGUUUAACGGGAAUAAUAUUUGUUAUAAAAAUAGCUGGUGCACUGGCAGAAAAAGGAUUACCACUUGAAGAUGUCACUAAAAUUGCACAUGAUGUUUUGCAAAACACAGCCACCUACUCGGUUGGAUUAACAGCAUGUGCGAUACCCGGUGAACCUCUGAUGUUCGAGCUUGCAGAAGACGAAAUCGAAGUUGGACAAGGAAUUCACGGAGAGGCUGGUUACGAAAAGAUGAAGUUGAAACCGUGCAGUGAAAUAGUUGCAUUUAUACUGAAACGUUUGCGCGAUGCGUUAUCCUUGGAGAGUGGAGAUUCGGUUGCAGUUAUUAUUAAUAAUUUCGGAGCGUUGAGUCAACUAGAGCAAGGGAUUGUAGUUCACGACGUGGUGAAACAUCUUCAAAGUAUGAACAUAGAACCUCUUCGUGUGUACGCUGGGCUAUUAAUGACAUCGUUAAACAGUGCUGGCGUGCAUAUUACUCUUCUAAAACUACCUGAAAAUCAGAAAAGCCUAUUCCUUGGUUGUCUGGACGCACCUACCACAGCACCAAAGUGGCCAGGCUGUGUGUACAGCGUUCCUACCGAAAGGUCACGAAAAAUUGUUCAGGACAAAGUAAUCCUAACGACAAAAAGAAUUGGAAUAGAAAUCAGUGCAGAAUUACAGAGCUUGUUGAAGCAAUGUUUGAAAAGUGCCUGCGAAAGUAUAAUUCAACAGGAAAGUCAUGUGAAUGAUCUGGACAGAGGAUGCGGAGAUGGUGAUACAGGAUCAACGCUUAAAAGACUUGCCGCUGAAACUCUGGCAUAUUUAGAUAAAUUUCAAUUUUCGCAUCCAUCAUCUGUAUUUCAUGAACUGGCUGAUAUAGCUGAACAAGAAAUGGGCGGCGCAUCAGGAGCACUCUACUGUUUAUUUUUCACUAGUAUUAACGCAGAACUGGUCUCAGCCACUGAAAAAGAUGGUUGGCCACAUAUCUGGGCACGUGCAUUUCGCAGGGGUUUAAAUCAUUUAAUGAAAUAUGGAAAAGCGAAGCCAGGAGACAGAUCUUUGAUUGAUGCUCUCAAUGCAACGUGUGAAACUUUUGAAAACAAUUUACACAAACCGUUAGCAGAAAUUUGUGAUGCAAUAAGGAUAGCAACUUGGCAAGCAUGUGAAUCUACAAAGAAUAUGAAACCUAGGGUAGGACGAGCCAGUUAUGUAAAACAAAAACAAUAUUUCCAGAAUGUAGACGCUGGUGCAUAUGCUGUGGCAGUUUGUGUUGAGACUAUUACAAAUGUGCUUAAAGAUCUCAAACUUUAAUAUUAUGUAUUGCUCUACUUUCUUUUGAUAUUUUUAUUAAAGACAUAAUUUUAUAUUAAUGUAUCAUGAAAUAUUGAUGUUAAAACUAAUUUGUAAUUA